CGAAGCCCGGUGAGGGCCCCCAGGGGACGAAAAUGGCGAAAACCCCCCCGUCGUGAUUGUUUCACGACCCGAGGGGGUCUGGGACUCUUCCUGGAGCCGCGUUGCCCCCCCCCCGCAGACGGGCAGCCCGGGCCCGCGGUGCCGGGCACGGCGCGGCGGGCGUUCCUGGAGGACCUGGUGCUCGGCGCCGGGGAGGGCCUGCUGCGCUUCGCCGCCGGCGCCCUCGCCUUCGCGGCGGCCUUCUACACGGGCGCCAAGAUCGCGGUGAUCGGCCAGCCGACCAGGCCGCCUCUCGCCGGAGAGUACCAGGUCGUGGGCUCCGAGGUGCGGAGGAUCGCAGGCCUGCGGUGCCGGGUGCUGUACCCGGCCGCGGGCCGCGCCGGCGACGGCAGGGAGGAGGCCCCGUACCUCACCGAGGGCGUGGGGACCUCGGACCGGAUGGCCGGCCUGGUCUUCUUCCCGGGCUUCCUGCUGGAGCACCUGGGGGCCGCCUCGUCCGGCUGCGUGCGCGACGCGGCGCCCCUGCUCCCGGCCGGGGGGGCGCCGCCGUACCCGGUGCUGGUGUACUCGCACGGCCAGGGCGGCAACAUGGACAUGGGCACGUACUUCCUGCGCGAGGUCGCGAGCUUCGGCGUGGUCGUGGUGUCCGUGGAGCACCAGGACGGCUCCGCGUCCACCGCGGACCCGGAGAACCCACGCCCAUUCAGCCUCACGAAGGGCCAGCUCGGGACCCGGGCGAGAGCGCAGGAGGCGUGCCGCGUCGCCGAGGCCCUGCGGGCGCCGGGCGGCGAGCACUCGGCGGCGGCCUGGGGUGGCGAUGCCGCCGGCCUCCUGGUCGGCGGGCACAGCUACGGCGGGCCCACCGCCCUCGUUGCCGCCGCGGCGCGGCCAGACCUGUUCCGGGGGCUGGUGCUGCACGACCCGGCCACCACGGACUCUCCGAGGCCGGCCCAGCCCGUCUUCUCCGUCGUGGGAGACCAGUACGCCAACAUCUCCCUCUGGCCAGGGAGGUGCGGCGAGUGUCCACGGGGCAGGUGCUCCACGCGGCCCUCCAGGAGCGCCCUGGCCUGGCGUGGUCUGGGGCGUGGCGAUACACGGGCAUCAGCCACGGGAACUUUGUGGACGCGCCCUUGUGGGCGCCGCUGAUCAUCAUGCGGGCCUGCGGCCUGCUGCUG